CCCCCGACCCCCUCGCAGUAUGAUCACUCCUCCCCCCUGAAUAUGUGCAUCGGGCAGAGUUGCUUCAUUCAUUUUGUGACAGCAAGUUUGCACAACUUCCCUCAUCAUUUCGUGCGUAAUCCGUUUGCGUAAAAGCUCAGGAAUUAGACUCCUUCCAACUGUCCUUUCUUGCUUGGAUCAUUCCUUCUGGAGAGUUUGUUGGGAAGUUGAAGGAGAUGGGACAAUUCCGGUUUUGCAUACAUUUUCUCAUGGUCAGCUUCGCUUUCGCGGGAAUACACUGGACAUACCAUGAUGGAGGCCUUGACCAGAUGCACUGGGCAGAGACUUAUGCAGCCUGUGGGGGGCGAAGUCAGUCUCCAAUCGAUAUUCAGCGCCGGAAUGUGCGGCACAAUCCAGACUUGGUGCAGCUGGAGCUCACUGGCUAUAACCAGCAGAGGGGGAGAUUCCUCAUGACCAACAACGGCCACUCAGUACAAAUUGAUCUUCCCCCAACAAUGAAGAUCACCGAGGGACUGGGAGACAGCUACACAGCCGUUCAGAUGCACCUUCACUGGGGGGGGUGGGACCUGGAGGCCAGCGGAGCAGAGCACACGCUGGACGGCAUUCGCUACAUGGCUGAGCUACAUAUUGUCCAUUACAACUCUGACAAGUACAGUAGCUUUCAGGAGGCUGUGGACAAAUCAGAUGGGCUCGCUGUGCUGGCAUUUUUCUAUGAGGAUGGGCAUUUUGAAAAUACUUACUACAGUGACUUCAUCUCCAACUUGGCUAAGGUUAAAUAUGCUGGGCAGUCCAUGAAUAUUUCCACGCUUAAUGUGCGUUCCAUGUUGCCGGAGAACCUGUCCCAGUUCUUCCGGUAUCAUGGCUCCUUGACCACACCCCCAUGCUAUGAGAGCAUCCUGUGGACGGUGUUUGACACGCCCAUCAUGCUCUCACACAAUCAGAUCCGAAAACUAGAACACACAUUGAUGGAUCUUGAGAACAAGACCCUGUGGAAUGACUACAGAAUCGCACAGCCUCUCAAUGACCGCGUGGUAGAGUCUUCCUUCCUGCCCCGACUAGGGAAAGGCACAUUUUGUCGACAGGAAGAAAUUGAGUCCAAGUUGCUAAAGAUCGAGGGGCUGCUGAACAACCUGGGCAAGCGUAUACAUGCAGGUUCUGAUGGAGAAAAGCCACCCAAAGGGCCACGAGUCAUCACUCCACUGGUGCUCCAGUUUGUUGAGAGGAAGGUGGAGAGUUACGCUCUGGUGCACAGCACACACACCACGGGCCUGCAGGCCUUCACCGCUUGCAUGCAUGUGCGCGUUGCUCCCAGUGCUGUACAGACUGUCCUCUCGUACUCCAGCUCCAGUAACGACAACGAGCUCACGAUUUCUGUGGGAUUCGAAGUGGGCCUGUGGAUUGGUAGCCAGUUUGUCAACUUUCCUCUGGAGCAGCUUUCGUCAGACUGGGUGAAUUACUGUGUAACAUGGGCGUCACAUGGAGGCAGCAUACAGCUGUCUGUUAAUGGUGUGAUAGGAGAACAGCAGAACUUCCAAAGCGGGUAUGAGAUACAGCCUGGUGGCAUCCUCAUUUUGGGUAACGAUAAGGAUGGUUUCCUAGGGAUCUCGGACUUCAAUGCCUUCGUCGGCCACAUGACAGAUGUCAAUGUGUGGGAUUAUGUGCUCAGCCCUGGAGAGAUUCGAGAGCAGGCGGUGUGUGGGAACAGCACCCAGAGGGGAAAUGUGCUGAGCUGGGGUGUCUCCCCGCUUAGCUUGUAUGGGGGUGUGCGGUUGGGCUUGGACCACCGCUGCCCAUGAUUGGUUACCCUCUUGGCACUGGCCAUAUCUCUGUCAUGCUAACAGAACAGGAAAGAGCCUCGCCACUUUGCAGGCCAAAAUUUAAAGCUAUAUAAAGUUAUAUAUAAAGUUUUUACAGCCAAAACAAAACAUGAGAACUUGUAACAUUUAAAUCGCAGCUACUAGGGGUGCAAAUAUGCACCGUGAUGCAUUGUGAUGAAUAGAUAAUUAAGGUGGCGAUUCAGUGCAUCAAUCUGCAAUGUAUGGAAUUUUUGGAGUAAAACAAAGAUACUCCUACUUCGAAGUUGAACGCCCUCACAUUCACGUGCUCACAAAGUACAGUACCAGUGCCAGCACACCAAUUUGCAAAGGAAGCACUACCUGAUGAUCUUUGCACUGCGACUCUUUCGGGAAACUCGCCCCUGUUUAACAGUGCAGACUCUCUAAUGGUUCCAGUGCUUUUGAGAAAUGCCUCUGUGGUGUAGAGUAAAGAUACCAGAGCAAUGAUCAAGACCAUGAGGUGGAUAACAAUCUGGCUUUUUGUAACAUUAGAAAUGCAUGAAAUAUUGGUUAACGCAUCGGUAUCAGCCAAUAUUUAAGAAAAAUCAAGAUAUCGGCAUAGUCUUGAUGUGUCAGUCUUGGCCAAUAAUGCCGGCCAAUACUUAAACUUUAUCAAUAUUUAAAAUUGGCAGCACCAGAGCUAAAGACGCAACUAAAAAUAGGUCUCAAAGUACUGGCCAGUGACAUGUUUAUAAUUCAGUAGUAAAUGUGACCUGCAGAUCAAUCUUUUGUUUUCCACAGAAUAAAAAGCGAUAUAAUGCCAUUCCGAUAAACUGGGCUGGCAAGCUCGCCUUUCACCCCCCCCAUCAGGUAGCGCUCCUUUGAUAUGUUUAGUUUGUUCAUAUAUAGUUCAGUAGUUGAACUAUAUACUGUAUAAAAAAACUUUUGACACUUUUACACUGGUGUGUCUUCCCUGUUUAAUAAUAACAAUAAAAAUGAAUGUCAUUUAUUAAAUUAAUGACUUUCAGUGACGUUAAGAAAAGGUAUAUGUUAUAAUACAUAAUCGAAUAAUGAUUUAAUUGAAUCAAAUUGUGAUAUAAAUCAAACAGCUUGAUACAUUGAAUUGUUCCCUCAAUAAUUGUAAUUGAAUCGAGUCACCUUAGGGCCAAUGAUUUACAAUCCUAAAAUAUGUGAUAUGUAAAACAGAUACUUAUCAAAUACUUAACUUUUUACUUAACUAGUGAAUUCAUUUAGUAAGGAACGUGGUUAUUCCUAUGUGUUCAUGUAUGCAAUAAGCGAUCAAGUUAAUGCGUAAACUCAGUUUCCAUUCAUAGACAUACAUGUCAUUUUGUGGUGAAUGGCAGGUCUUCCGUCCUUUGUAUAUAAGUAUGCAUCAAACUUUAAGAUUGCUUCUAUGUUUCUCUUUUAAAAUAAAGCUCACACAUUCUUUUGAAAA